CUCGGAGUCAGUUUCUGAGUCAUGGAGUAAACUCGCAUCCACACACUGCUCCUUCAUCUCCGCGCGCGCGCACACACACACUCACACACACCCAUACACACACGAGGAGCUGCUUUAUAUUAAGGCAUGAUUCAGAGGAAAGAGCUGGUGCUCUCUGUGCUGGAGGAGCUCCAGGAAGCCACAGAGUCCAUGGGCUUGGACGCCUUGAUAAAAGUGGCCCUUGAGGUAGAGCAAGUCCUCGCUCCUUUUUGCCUUCCGACAGCAGUGUGCUCUGAGAUAUCCUCUUGGAUGGGCAUUGAUGCCGUGGCUCACAGGCUUUACCCGGCAGACGCCCCGGCUGGCCUGCUUCCUCUGGUCUGCAGAGGGGAGGGCAACCUGCUGUUUGAUGCAGCGAGCAUGCUUAUGGUUGGCUCCACAAGCCUGAGCUUAGAGCUGCAGGUCAGGACAGUGGUGGAGAUGCUCCUGUGGAAGCAGUAUUACCUGUGCGGCAUGAUCGAUUCCAAGGUCAUGUUACAGGCAUCCAGGUUUUCGCUCUGCGCUGAAGAGUCACAAGACAUGCUCAAGCUACCUAUGCAGGUUCUGGAGGCCAUUUUUGAUGCUGACGUCAAGGCUUCUUGCUUUCCUAGCUCAUUUGCGAACAUGUGGCAUGUCUACGCGUUGGCUUCCGUCCUCCAGUGCAACAUCUACUCCAUUUACCCAAUGUUUAAUCUCAAGAUCAGGCCCUAUUUUAAUCGCCUUAUCCGUCCAAGAACAUGGCCCAAGGACUCUGAGCCAUUGACCCUCCACAUUAUGUGGUCUGGCGAGCUUGAGGCUUGCUCCAUUUUCAAACCACGCAACUUUGUUGCAUUAAUUCAUGCAAUUGAUCUCAAAAUCGGAAGCCCAGGAAGUGAGCAACGGCUGUCAUCGGUAAAGUCCCUGGAUCUGCUGAAUGAGGAUUCACAGCUUUCCUACUCCACCUUGAAAGACAAGUUCAACAUCACAAAGAGCACCUUCUAUCGCUGGAAGAGGCAAAGCAUGGAGUAUCAUAAGAAAUCAGUCGCCAGGUAUGAAGCCAAACACUUUUUCCAGGCCUGUUAUAAAGAAGGCAAGCUUAUACCCCAGAACCAAUUCAGAGAGUUUUUUCCAGAAAUCUCCAGAUCCACGUAUUAUGCCUGGAAACAUGAACUCAUGGUUACUGGAAGUAUCGGUUCUGGAAGCUCCACCGGGGAAGUGAGCCCUGGAGAUAGCAACGAGCAGGACUGCUGGUCCUCCCCGGAGACCAUGAAGCAGCCAGUCCAGGAGACCUUCUCCAGCAUAUUGGCACUCAAGUCUGAAAAACUGGAAGGAGAUCGAUUUCAGAACGCUGCCCUGAUGCAAAAAGCUAAGAAAAGCCUUCAGAACUGCAUUGCAACCAACACUUCGUUUCCAUACCGCAUUUUCAAACGAAGGUUCCCAGGAAUCUCCAGAUCAACGUACUACAAUUGGAGGAGGGAAGCCUUGCUGUUCACUCCAUUCAAAGAUCUGUCAGGAAACGGGGAAGAAUGCUCGGAUCUGGAUAAAAUCCAGAACCCCAAACAGAAGCUGUUGCCGCCAGGUUUGCUAGCGACUCAAAGAGUAAUCCAGAGAGUCCGGCUCUCAAGGUGCAGUCAGAAGAGUCUCCGACUGAUCUACCUGCAAAAGAAGAAACUCAGAGAGGAAGCUAAAGCAUGUGUUCAGAAGUCUAAGUUAUCACUGUACAAAUUCAAGCUGAAGUUUCCCUCGAUAUCAUCAUAUUUCUACUGGCUCUGGAGGUAUAAAAAAGCAGAGAAAGUGUCUGAUCUGAGUUUUGAGGUUGAGAAACCGGAAGGUGUUGACGUCAGAGCAGAUAUUCCAACGCAAGAAGAAAACAAGGAACACUUUAUUUUUGAUGGAAAUGCUGAGUACCUCAACAACCAUAUGAUCAGCACCAGCCCUGAAUACUCCAAAUCCUACUAUCCUCUGUCUGACAAGACCAACAAUAACGAGCAGAUGUUCGUGAUGGAUGUCGUGGCGUUGGCGAACUUCAAGGCCAAGGCCAAACUGUUCCUCCAGCAGCGCUUUGAGGAAAAAUCUUUCCCUACGUUUAAAGAGUUCAGGUCUUACUUUCCUCUCACUCCACGUUCCACUUAUUACAUGUGGAAGAGGGCUUUACAUCAUGGUGUGCCGUUGGUUCACGGAUAAAUGUCUUGGGUUAUCAUUUUUUUACACGUUUCUCAUGGCCAUGAGUCUGGCAUCCAGGUAGUUUCUGCUCCACCUUGGUGUAAUUGCAGUUCAUGCAUCUUAAUUGUGUUCCUUUUUGUUCCCCCACUUGACUUGACCACUUGGUUUGCAGCUCAAGGACAUUUGCAUGUGUGUGAAAUCAGACAGUCUGUUUUACACGCCACUCAGCUCCUGAUGGCCCUCAGGCAAAAGGCAGUUCAAAGCCACAGAUAUCAGGAUUUCAAAUGACUCUCUUUUGUUUGGGUUUUGGCCUUUGCUUUAAAUUUUAAAUUGACUCCCAUCAUUAACUGCUGUUCACAUCUUUCAGUUUACUUUUUUUUGGAUCGCCUUUUUUAACAGAAUAAUGUAUAUCCUUCGU